CAAAGGCAUUUGGUACGAAAAUUCCUCUAGUAUGUUAGCAUUCGUGGGUAUAAUAUUUGCGGCAGCACACCUUCAUCGACCGUCAAACGUUGAAAAAUGUCGCCCAAGUUCAUCUUGUUCGUGUCGCUCAGCGUGUUCUGUUUUUGGAAACACGCCGACGGUGGCCCUACCGUUGUGCCAGCCGAUCCGUUUAAUGCCGAAAAAGACGCCGAUCUUAUUUGGGAUGCUGUCGAUGGAUGCGGUACAAACGAAGACAAAAUAAGCAAAGUAAUCUGCAAACGAACCUUCAAACAACGUAUAGAAAUUAGUACAGCUUUCGAAUCCAAACACGAAGGCAAGAACCUUUUGAAAAGACUCGAAAAAGAAACAUCCAGAGAUUUGAAAAAACUAUACAGACGGUUGUUGGAAUCAUCUCAAGCUGUUUUAGCCAACGACUUACACGAUUACGUCGAUGGUAAACGUGAAGAUAAAUAUGGAGGUGUAACAGAAAUCCUUUGCGGAACCGAUGCAUACGAUAAAUCCCUCUUAGGAGCAUACUACCUGCAAACUUUCAAUAUGGAUGUUAUGGAUCACGUGAAGAGUAAAUACAAAGCUGGAGACCAACUAUACCAAAAUGUUCUUAUUGAUUAUUGCUGGAGAACGUACUGUACAAACGUCACCUUGGACACGACCAAAAUUCAGGCAGCAGCUGUAGUUCUGGCUAAUCUCGAUCCAAAAGCUGAUGGCGAAACUCUGAAAGGACAACUGCAAAACUACUUCAAGACUUACUGCCUGCCAGAUCUUCAAUGCAUAUUCGCUAGUUACAGAUCGAUAAAAAAUAAAGGAAUUAACGAGGCUAUCAGAGAAGCGAUGAAAGGCGACGAAGCCGAUGCUUGGGUUGCAUUAACUCUGAGUAUCGAGACCAGAUACAGGUAUUAUGCCAACUUGUUACACCAAGCUGUCGACGGAUGUGGUACCGAUGAAGAUCGAAUCAACAGGAUAACAGUGCAGACUUGCGAACGCUAUUUGGGAGACAUUGAUAACGAAUAUAAAUGCAUGCACGGCGAAUCUUUCUACAAACGUAUCGCUGGACUGACCGGAGACUUUCUUACCGAAGACGACUAUAAGGAUUGUAUGAGAAUGCUCUAUGGUCAAUAAGUUGAUUUCAGAUAUACCUAAAAGUACAAAACAAUAGUAUUUAAACUUAGUAUUUAGCUACUAGUUAGAGCUAAGCUAUCCUUGUUAUUUUUUUUUUCAUCGCAUUAAAAUACAAUAAAUAUAUCUAUUAUGAAUUAGCAA